UGGCUGCACGGCCUCGUCAAGGCCGUGCCGAGCGGCGAUUGCGUCGUCGUCAUGGGCGCCUCCGCGGCGGCUGGCCCGCCGCCGGAGAAGACGAUCACGCUCGCGUCCCUCAUCGCGCCUCGCAUGGCGCGUCGCGAUAACUCCACGAGGGACGAGCCGUUCGCGUGGGACUCGAGGGAGUUUCUUCGCAAGCGCCUCGUCGGACGACGCAUAAAAUUUCGCGUCGAGUACGUCGUCUCGUCCAUCGGCCGCGAGUUCGGGACGAUCUACGUCGGGGACGAAAACGUCUCUCUCGCGAGCGUUUCUCACGGAUGGGCGCGCGUGCGGCCGUCCCAGGGCGGCGACGCCGCGGCGAACUACGACGAGCUCGUCGACGCGGAGCGAGAGGCGCAGACGCGCGAGGCGGGUCUGUGGACGAAGGACGCGACGAAACUCGCGGCGGCGACGCGCUCCCCGCCGGCGCCAGAAACGGUCGAUAACCGUACGUUACUUUCCACCCGCCGCGGCGUUCCGACGCCCGCGAUCGUCGAAGCCGUGCUGAACGGCGGCUGCCUCCGCGUGUGCCUUCUCACGGACGAGCUCGAGACGAGACACGCGACGAUCACGGUCAACGUCGCCGGCGCGCAGUGCCCGGCGAUGGGGAAAAGACCGAAACUCGACGCGGCGGCGGGCGGGGAAGAUGGAACGUCAACCGUCGCAGCUGCGCCCGAACCCUUCGCGCGCGAGGCGAAACACUUCACCGAAUGCCGACUCUUACACCGCGAGGUUCGCGUCGUGUUCGAAGGCGCGGACAAGUACGAUAAUCUCCACGCGACGGUGUUGUUCGCGGAAAACGGCGCACCCGUGGACGUCGCCGCCGCGCUCGUCUCCGAAGGCCUCGCGAAAGUCGUGGACUGGUCCGUCGCGCUCAUGACCGACCCGAUCGCGGGCGCGCAGCGGCUGCGCGCGGCGGAGAGAAAAGCGAAGGACGCGCGGGCGAGGAUUUGGAAGACGUACACGCCGCCGGCGUCGAGCAUGAGGUGCGUUCUAUACACUGCCGGGAGGGAAUUCGCGGGCGUCGUGAUCGAAGCCGUCAGCGGGGACUGUCUCGUGAUCGCGGACGCGUCGAGCGGGAUGGAGCGCCGCGUGAACCUCGCGUCGAUUCGCGCGCCGAGGAUCGGGAACGAGCGGCGAGGGCAGAAACCCGAGGCGUGGGCGACGGAGGCGAAGGAGUUCCUGAGGCAGAGAGCGGUCGGGCAUUCGGUCGAGGUCGUCAUGGAAUACUCGCGGAAAAUCGGCGGCGGCGGCGGCGGCGGCGGCGGCGUAGACGUAACGGCAACCGACGCCGCCGCCCCCGAGCGUCACCUCGACUUCGGCACGGUCUCCCUGGCGAGCGACGGCGCCAACCUCGCGGAGAUGCUCGUCAUGCGCGGCUUCGCGAGCGCCAUCAAGCACCGCGGCGACGACGAGAGAAGCGGUCGGUACGACGACAUCCUCGCCGCGGAACAGCGGGCGAUCAAAGGGAAGAAGGGCGUUCAAAACCGAGACCGCGAGGCGCCGAUCCACCGCGUCAACGACGCGAGCGCGACCGCGGCGAAAGCGAAGCAGUUCCUGCCGUUCCUGCAGCGCGCGGGGAAGAGCGCGGGGGUGGUCGAGUACGUCGUGACCGGGCACCGGAUGAAGAUUCACGUGCCGAAGGAGUCAGCGUCGAUCGCGUUUUCGCUCGCGGGCGUGCGGUGCCCGCAGCCGCCGCGAUCCGGAUCCGGGGGUGAACCGCACGGUGCAGAUGCGUUACGUUUUGUGCGGCACGCGUGCUUGCAACGCGACGUCGAGAUCGAGGUCGACGCCGUGGAUAAGACGGGGACGUUCUUAGGGCACCUCACGACGCAGGGCGGCAGGUUUAACCUGAGCGAGGAACUCUUGAAGCGCGGGUUAGGGACGCUUCACCCGUCGUUCACCCCGGAGCGUCACCCCAGCGGCGAGUCCCUCGUCCGCGCGCAGGAGCAAGCGAAGCAAAUCCGCGCCGGGGUCUGGGUCGGGUGGUCCCCGGAGGCGGAGGCGGCGGCGGCGGCGGCGGCGGCGGCGGCGCGCGGCGCCGCAUCCGCCGCCGCCGCGGGGGGAGGAGGCCCGAAAGAGACGACCACGCUCGGCGUCACGGAGGUCAUCACCGGGACGACGUUCUUCGCGCAGAGAGCUGACGGCGAUCGCGCGGACUGGCUCUUCGAGCAGCUCCAAGCGUGUAACGCAAACGAUUCGAGCGUUACUUCCUUCGCGCCGAAGCGCGGGCAGAUGGUCGCGGGACGAUUCACCGGCGACGACGCGUGGUAUCGCGCCAUCGUCACCGAGCCCCCCCGGAACGACGCGAUCAAGGUCUUCUACUGCGACUACGGCAACGGCGAGGCGCUGCCGCCGUCGCGCGUGCGGCCGUUGGAUCCGUCGCUCGCGCCGUUCCCGCCGCUCGCGAAGCUGUGCGCGCUCGCCGGCGUGAAGCCGGCGCCGGACGACUUCGGUCGCGACGCGCUCGAUAACCUCAGAGCGCUCGCGAUGGGUCGCGCGCUGUUCUCGCGCGUCGAGUCCGCGCACGCGGCGCCGCACGCGCCGUGGGACCCGGACGCGUCGCCGGAGUGGACGGUCACCCUGGGCGCGCGCCGCGACGAGAAGAGCGGCGAGGGCGGCGAGAAGAACGACGAGGACGGGCCGUCCGUGAACGAGGCGAUGGUCGCGGACGGGUACGCGCGCGCGGAUAAAACUCUAAAGCUUAAACCCGGCGUGUUUCAGGCGCUGCUCGUCGCGCAGGAGCGCGCGAGGAAGAGCAGGGCGGGGAUGUGGGAGUACGGCGACGUCGACAGCGACGACGAGGAGCCGAGCGGCGGCGGCGGCGGCGGCGCGUGGGGAAGAGGCAGGCGAUGACGCGCUCGACGGCGGCGCUUUUUUGCACUGAAGAUACUUCGCACGCGCGGUACUCGUAGUUUACAACAAGAUCGACGCGACGCCGCCGACGCGUCAGUACGC